AUGUCUUCUACAGGAAUCGCCGUGGGCCUGAACAAGGGGUACCCUGUCAACAAGAAGCCAGUGGCUCCUCGCCCUGCUUCUCGUAAGGGACGCGCCGGCAAGAAGACUAAACUCGUGCGUGAGAUCGUGCGCGAGGUCGUCGGCCUCAUGCCGUACGAGAAGCGCAUCCUUGAUAUGAUCAAGAGCGGCGGCUCGUCGGCUGAGAAGCGUAUCUACAAGUUCUCGAAGAAGCGCCUAGGCACGCACCGUCGCGCUUUGAUGAAGCGCGAGGAGAUGAAAGCGUACUACGCUGCUCUUCGCGCCAAGGCUGCCCACCACGCGUAG